CUUAUGUGCUGUGGGUUGCGUCGUUAUAAGAUAGAUAGAUAGAUAUAUAUAUACGCGGCUCCUAUUCUGAAGGUCACUACUUCAGCCGUGACCUCCCGAGGCUCAAGGAUGAGGACGAGGAAGAUCAAUGAAGACGUGUGGAGGAUAGUGCCCCCCUCCCUGCCUCCUUAUACUCUUUUUCCAUUUCACCCACUAACUUACAAAUUACUCCCUCCUACCUAUACCUACCAGGCACAUGCACAAUGUCCGUGCUUAAUCAAACCCUCGCGGUUAGACAGGUCCCCGUCGAGGCUUCCUUAUGGAGCCUGACGUAGAUGACAGUUUUCCCAACAAAGAUACAGGUCCCUUUCCCAGUAUGAUAGUUCUACUACCCCUCUCACCAAUACUGUCAGCAUUCUAUGCUGCUGAACUCCUUGAAAUCUUGGAAUGCAGAUCACAGGAAUACCAACAAGCACCUGGUUCAGAGGGCCAAGCUACACCGCCCCCAAACUUAUUUAUGUUCGUAGAUGAUGGAAAACUACAUGUUUGCUCACACUCCCUAGAGCUCAACACAGCAAUCCUCAAAGCCAUCUGGAUUGAAGUGAUUGUACCCUGGGGGAGGAAGGUGGGCCUAUCAUAUGACUUUGACAAACGCGAACUAAUGCACUAUACCCGACGAAAAUGUGACAACAACAUAUCGCCCUCCAUUACAUUCGAUGAUGAUGAUGGCCAAACCCGCAUCGUAGCACCGCAAGCAAUAGUUCGAUGCAGGUAGCGCCGGUAAAGCAGUAGGGUCACUGAUUAUGCUUGCGAACACAGUCAAAGGUCUGUCUCCAUACCACAUGCGCAUGAUGUACAAAAGUUGCGUGAUUCCAGUUAUGACAUAUGCAAGCGCCGCAUGGUGGACUGGAAAGAAAGCCCACGAAAGAAUGCUGGAGAAAGUUCAACACCAAGGACUACGACUAAUCUGUGCAGUAUUCCGCACUACUCCGAUCACUGCAAUGGAGAUUGAAGCAUCCAUCCCACCAAUUCGGGUAGAGCUCAACCGCCUAAACCGGAACUGUGCAUUGAGAUUCAACAAGCUAAGUACAUCCAACCCAAUCAUCCAACGCCUUGAUGACACCUGGAGAGCAGGUCACCCACCGUCACACCCCCCUGCAAUACAUUACAAAUUGAAUCGGAAGGGAAAGAAAGACACAAGACGCACAACGCAAUUACAGAAUAUAGC